AGCUUUGUUUCACUCUGGCUCUAGUCAAUUUAUCCAAAGGGAAAUUUGUACUGAAUUUCUUUCAUGAAAUAAAAUGGCAGGAAAGCUACCAAAUUUGAAUCUCUUUACGAUAACCAUUUUCUUGACAUACUCUGCGAUGCUAACAAUAAUUCAAGCCAACCCGACAACAACCGCUCGUUCCACAAAUUCUACAGAUACUUCGGAGCUCGAUAGGUCACUAAAUGUCGGAAUUCUUCCCGUAUUAACGGGGAUGCCAUGUUUCACGGCGUAUAAGGUUGCCUGGUUUCACUCCAGCACGGGAGAGCAUAUCCGGUGUCACUGUGAUCUCAGCUCCUUAAAGGAAAUUCCACUCUUUUCCGCCCUACUGACUUGGGAUUGUGACCACCUCAUGGCGACGACGACACCAACACCCGCCGUAAUUUAUGUCACGGUCACACCCCCGAAAAUAGUCGAUUCGCCAAAAUUUACCAUUCGAUCAGAUCCCACGACGAAAUCAUCGCUGGAUUUUGAUUACGAUGUGUUUAAUCUGAGGCCCAAGGAAAAAGAGGAAAAUGUAGAACAUAUUUCCACCUCGACUCAAAAAUCUGAAGGAUUCGGGUUAAACGAUGAGACUAAAAAUAUGUGCAAUUACUGCGUCCAAAAUUGGCCUGAUGAUUCGUACAAGUGCAUCCCCGCAACAACAUUGGAAUGCUUGACGGAAAUUAAAAAGUAUGAAGGGGAGCAAAUUCCAGUAAAUUGUAUGAGCGAUUACGCACGUGUUUACACAAGUAAGGAGAGGAAGGCGUGUCUCGUGGAGAUGGAGACGCAGAGGAUUUACAUGAUAUUUUUUGUCUAAUUAAUUAGUAUUUAACAUACGGGGUGAUACUUCAAUAAAGCAUUAUUUAUUUAUUUAUAUUCCACUAA